GACCAUUUUAUUAGAUCUCCUUAUUUUAAACUUAGUCAAAAUAAAACACAGCCUCACGAUCCCCGCACUGCCCGGUGCCCCGCGAGCUGCUCCUCUACACACGCCAGCGAGAACCAGCCCACCCCACCUGCUCGAUCGGCGCACCGUCCCGCAGGCCGCAGGGCCGUCGUCAGCCAUGAUCCAGCUCCUGUUCUCGCUGCUGGCCGCGGAGGCCGCGCUGGUGCUGGCGCUGCUCUUCCCCACGCCCGUGCGCCGCCUGGCUCUGCUCGCCAUCGAUCGCGCCAAGAGGGGGCGCGGACCCGUCAUGGCCAAGACCAUCGCGGGCACCAUGCUCCUCGUACUAGUCUCUGCUUUCUACAGCGUCGCUAAGAUCCGCCGCCGCGAGGGCGAGCUCGGACAGCUCACGCCCACCGACCAGGUGCUCGCCAGUCGCCACCUCCUCGAGGCGUCGCUCAUGGGAUACUCUCUGUUUCUUGGAUUAAUUAUUGACCGAUUACAUCACUAUAUUAGAGAGUUGAGAAUGUUGAGGAAAGACAUGGAGGCUGUAACAGAGCAGGGCCGGACACUAGAAGCAGCAAAAUCCGGAAGCACUGACGAGAUUCAAGGAUACCAGAAAGAGGUUGCGAGUUUGAAGGAACAAGUGCAAGAGCUCCAGAACCAAUCACAAAAGAAAACAGAGCGACUAAAAACCGCCGAAGCAAAUUCUGUAGCUUUACAGAAACAAUCGGAAGGUUUACUCGCUGAAUAUGACCGUCUCAUUGCGGAGAACAGGGAUUUGAGGGACCAACUGCAGUCAAUUGACCUCCGCCUGUCCCAUUCUGGCGGAAAGAAGAACUCGUGAAGCAAGUUCUGCAAUUUUGAAGAGCAUGAUUUUCUGUAGAUUUUCUUCCAAUAGGUUAACUGUACUCGGUUUUCUCUAUUAUCAUAAUCGCCCAUGUAAUUCAGUAGAUGGAUUUUCCUAUGUAAUUCAGUAGAUGCGUGCGUGUAUGUAUGAGUGGACCAUUUAAUGCUUUAUGGACUGGGUGGCAUGGACUCAGACCCGGCAUUUGGCCAUAGUUUAUGGCCUAACGUCUUGGUUCAGUGAGAUCAAAUAAGAACCUGCAUCUUCAAAGGCAGAAUCAAACUC